AUGAAAUAUCCAAGCAUAUCAUUAAGUUGGAAGCAUGAAGAAACGCUACAACUUUUCGAACUUAUGGAGAUGGAGGAUGACUGGCAUGUACGCAGUAAAAAACUUACGGAAAGCUUUGGAGAUGAAAGACCGGCUGGUUUUUUUACCGAAAAACUGUGUAAGGAUGAGUUUGAACGUGUUAUGUCAAGCGGCCAUCCGGAGCAUUUCCUGCGAAAACCAGGUGAAAAGUAUUCCCGAAAAGAACUCAUUCAUGCUUGGACGGUUUAUUUAAAAAAGGAGUUAAAAAUCAAGAAAGUGCAGGAAGAAGAGCUGCUUUUGGUGAAAUUACGGCAGAAAGCAGACCUUUUUAAUCGUUUGUUCUCGCUUGAUAGUGAUUUAACGGACAAGGAAAUAGAAAAAUUAUUGGAGGAAGCUCGUGAAGAAGAUAGCAUGCGUGAUCAAGAAGUCGUCGAAAAGGAAAUUGAAAACGGCACAAAGAAUUUGAAAGAAUAUUUAGCUCUUCACGAAACAAAUCCAGUUAAAUAUCCACAGUUGAAGAUCAUCAUACCACCGUCUCAUCCGCCUCAAUCAUACGCCAAUGAGGCACCAUUUUCUCCAAUUAAGCCUCUUUUCGAAGGCCUUUCUUUUCAACCACAGAUAACUUCGCAAACAAAAGCACCACCUGCUGCAAAUAUCACUUCUGGAUCUUCCUUAUCUAAGAAGAUCAGCAGUCCGCAACGUCGAAGUGCUAUGUCGGAAACGUUGGCUAGCGAAACAUUAGAGGGUGGCAAAAAACUGUUAUCUGCUCAGGGAAGAUUACGGACACAAGAAUCGGUCGAUAAUAAUGCAUCAUCGUAUCAGACUGAAACAGCUGAAAACUCCGAAGACUUCAUUUCGCAGUCAGAAUCGAGUGAGUUGAUCCUGAAGUCACUAAGAAAUAAUGCGAACGAAAUUCAAAUUAAUACAUCGUUAACGUCGGAUGAGGCGAAACUGCUUGACGUCACUAUUAAAAAUGAAAUGGAGGAAGAGCCCACUUCAGCGAUGGAGGAGGUAGUUGAGAAAAAAGAAACGAUGAAAACAAGACGAGCUCAAAAAAUUGUUACACGUUCAUCGGGUGGCUCAGGUAACAUGGAUAAUGAAGCAACAUUACCAGCUCAGCAUGAGCAUUCUUUAAGAAAUCGUCGUUUAUCUGUUACUUCUGCUAAUCCGCUGAAAAGUACUAAGAUGUCUGGUUUUAUCAACAGAGAAGAGAAGAAUAUUGCAGAAGAAGAGGAAGAAGGAAAAUUACGACGAUCAGAAAGAUGUCAUUCGAAGAUUGAUGUUGAGGCUAAUGCAUCUCCAGUACAUGUACAAACAGGAAGGCGAAAACGGUCGGCAAAGUUGGAAAUUGUUGGUAAUAAUGAUGAAGAAGUGAAGACAUGGCCUACCAAACGACGGCGAUUGUCUAGCAGAGAUGUUGAAAAUGCUCAGAAAAAGGAUACGAAACAUCGAAUCGAAAGCAAUAUUGAGUUGCAAUCCAGUCCAGAGCCUGAAAAAGAAGAGAAACAUGUUGUGGAGGGAGAAUCUGAUGAUGAUAAAAAACUCGUCGAUUUACGUACACGAAGUCGUGCUUUAAAAGCAGCUGUUGUUACCAAUGAGAAGGCAAAAGAAAAACCAGAGGCAUUUUCGGAAAUUUCCCCAGUCCGAUCGCCGAAAAAAAGUGCAGUUGUAACACGUUCAAGCCGUCGACAAGCAAGAAGAGGUGUUUCGACUGAUGGUGACGUAGAACAGAAAGCCCUUAUGGUUACUGCGUGGCGUAUGGUGUCCAGUCAUCGACAUGCUGCUAUUUUUGCUCAUCCUGUAUCUGAUCGAGAUGCUCGAGGGUACUCAAAAACCGUUAAAAGUCGUAUGGACUUGAGCACGUUAAAGAAGCAGUUAGAUGGUGGUAAUCUAUCAGGAAUGAGUGACUUCAAGCGAAAUGUGCUACUGAUGUUUGCGAAUGCGGUAAUGUUCAACAGUACAGGUCACGAUGUAAACCAAUAUGCGAAAGAGAUGGCUUUUGAUACACUAAGUUCACUUAAGAUGCUUCAAAAAGAUGUGUUAUUUGUUCGGGGUACUACACAUAUGACCCGCAGAAGUGCUGCUUUUGCGGCAGAAGAGGCAAAAUUUGAACGUUCAAGAUUUUCAAGUCCACGUGUUACUCCCGUGAAUUCGGAGGAGCCUAGUAAGGAGAAAACAUCUGAUAAUGCUUCACGAGAAACUAGUGAAACUCCAAAAGCACCGCGCGGGGGAAGAGCCUCUAAAGAAUGA